GUCCGCUGUUCGGUGCUGCGGCAGCCCAGCAGCACCAGCAGCACCAGCAGCAGGCGCUGAGGGCGCUGCUGGAGAGCAUGCGUACGGCAGCCCCCGAGUGUAACGCCCACGAUGUCGCAAACGGCAUGUGGGCCCUGGCACGGCUGCGGCUGCUGGCACCCCCAGUAGCGCCGUCAGGGACAGCGGCACCGCAGCCGCCGAGCUCCACCUCGGAGAACGCAACAGAGGGCGGAGAUGCUGUGGAAGGCACCAGCGGACCCCCUCAGCCUGCGCUUAGGGACUGGGGGCUUGAGGACCCGGGGCCUCGUAAGACAGUACGACGGCAAUCACAGCCAGUCCCGGAGGUGGUUGCGGCAGCGACCGCCGGGCCGGCCGCAACCGCUGAGUCCGAUAUGACAUCGAGGACGCCUGCUGGCUUGUUGCAUGCGGACCUGCAGGCAGCAGGGUCGGUGUUGCUGCAUGUGUCAUGUCGCCGCCUGCUGCAGUACAACCCACAGCAGCUCGCCAACACAGCUUGGGCAGCCGCGGUCCUCGAAUUGCAGCCGCCGCCGAGCUGGGUCGCGGCCUUCUGGCCCGCCGCACUGGCCGCCCUGCCGUACAUGCGAACGGAGGAGCUCGUUGCUACAGCCACUGCUUCCACCAGGAUUGGCCUGCAACCCUCAGGGGAAUGGCUGGCGGCAGUGCUCGACCUCACAGCGGAAGCCAUGCGGCAGGCAGCGGGGCCAGAGGAAAGAAACCAGGCCGGGAAAGAAUCCAGCAAUCCAGCCCUUGGCCAGGCCGGUUACCCGUUCGCCGACUCUGCAACAGCAAAGUGGUCAAAUGACGGCGCCCCGAAGCGCCUCCGCAUCCAAGCUACCGGCCGGUGCCUUGCGAGUUUGCUCUGGUGCGUGGCUGCAUGGCGGGUGCGGGUGCCGGCCGCCUGGACAGCCGCUGUGCUGGCUCGCCUGGAGGCCCUGGCGGUGCAGGAGGGCUCCCUGGAGCCAGCCUCCCUGGCGACCGCGCUGCAGGCCAUGGCCCGCAUAGGGCUGCGGCCGGACGCAUUGGUGGCCGGGUGGACGCGGAGGGUGGUGGAGGGGCAUGUGGCGGCAGCGACGGGGGCAGCGAGCGGGAGCGGUUGUGGGGUACGACGCCAACGGAUGCGUACGACAGAUGCCAGCUUGGCAGCGGCAACGGCGGUUGUUAGUUGGGAGUCGGAUGCGGACCGGGAUGCGCUUGCAAGAGAAGGGGAAUGGAAUGCGAUGGACUGCGGGAGCAAAGGCGGGGUUUGGAGUGGGGAUGAAGAGGGUUUCCUUUCUUACCGGCAGCGGUUAGGGAGGUACGAUGGGCGGGCUGCGCGCAUGCUGCUGUGGUCCCUAGCGCGUCUGGGUUGCCCUUUGGGAGACCGUACGGCAGGCGUGCUGGCGCUGGCAGCGGCCGAUUGCUGCGACACCACAACCACCACCUCCGUCUCAACUUCACAUCCUCCCGACCCAGGUGCCGCUCCUGCUUCAGAACCAGCCACACGCAGCGGUGCAGCAGGCGCGACGGGAAGGCAUGAAAGCAGCAGCAGCAGCAGCAGCGGCGGCGGUGGCGGCGGCCUGAGCAACGUGUGUUUAGCACUAUGGGCGCUCGCGCGUGUUGCUCAACGCCCCGAGGAGUCAGUUAUGCGGCAGUUGGUACGGCAGGUGUAUCGCGACAUCCCGCUUGCUGCAGGCGUGGACCUGGUAACCGUUGUUAGAGCGCUGGCGGUUCUGAGAUACUGUCCCGGCCCGCGCUUCUGGCGCGCGGUGGAGAGGAGGGUGGCAUGCCUGGCACCCGGGCUGACUGAGCAGCAGGCGUCUGUGUUGAAGUCCUGUUGUGCGCAGCUGGGGUGGCAGUUCAGCGCGAAGACGCUGGAGGCGUUGGAUCACUUGGAUGUGGGCCGGCGGGAACGGUGAUAGAUGUCAAAUGGGG